GACUGGUCCCACGGUGUAAUUUGACCGCUCUCAUUUCUACAGGUCAAGAAGGAAUGGAUGAUGACACACCAGAUGAGGUCUUUGCUGAGUUGAAGUCCAGGCCCAUUGGAGGAUGGGGUGUUGCUCAGAUAGCCGCUGGCACUGGGCUUGCUGUAUAUGCCAUGUGGGCAGGAAUCCUCCAGCCAGGCUUCCGAAAAGUCCCCUUGAAGCUACAGGUUCCCUACAUUCCUGCCAGCAGAGCCCAAGUACAAAAUGUAAUGACCCUUCUCAGAGGUCGACAGGGAGGCCUUGUGGAUUUAGGAUCUGGUGAUGGUCGUAUAGUCUUGGAAGCCCAUCGGCGUGGCUUCAGUCCUGCUGUUGGUUAUGAGCUCAACCCCUGGCUUGUUCGCCUGGCCCGAUUUUAUGCAUGGAGAGCAGGACAUCAUGGAAAAGUAUCGUACAGACGAGAAGACCUCUGGAAGGUGGACUUGACAAAAUGCAAGAAUAUCACUGUGUUUUUGGCUCCUAGUGUGCUUUCGUUGUUGCAGGAGAAGUUAGAGGCCGAGCUGCCUGAUGAUGCCUUAGUGGUGGCAGGCCGUUUUCCCUUUCCUGACUGGAAACCUUGCAUAAUUGAGGGACAUGGUGUGGACAGAGCUUGGGCAUACAGCGUGCAAGCACAAAGACAGCACACUGUCAACAAAAAUAACAACCUCACAACAACAGAGAGUCUUUUACAGUGAACUAACCAAAAAGAAAGGAUCCACUUGAAGCUAUAUACACAUAUAUAGUUUUUGGACUUCAUGAACAUGGACUUCUAUUAAUUUGAUGCUUUUAUGACAUAAAUCAUUCACUGGAAUGUGACAGAUUUUUAACCUGAUAAGAUGUUUGGGUUUUUACAACAUCUGCAGCAGGAUAUUUCACACAUGCUGCUGUUGCUUGCUACUCCUCUGUGGCCCGGGGACUGUGUUCACAAACAGAGAGAGAAUCCUGUCAGAGAGCUUGAAUAAUGGUGUACUUAUAAAAACUAAGUAAUAUAAUUAAUUCAUAGUGUGAAUGUGAGUGUGAAUGAUUGUCUGUGUCUCUGUGUUAGCACUGCGACAGACUGGCUAAUUAUUAGUCAGUUAGUCAUCUAAGGAGGGAAGACUUUAAAAUAUUCAUCUGCUCUGGAGUUUGCUUUGCCACCCAUAUAAUAAAGAGCUGUAAGUAACUUUCUGUUUUUGAUGCCAUUAUUUUAACUUUUUUUUUUUUUUUUUUUUUGUAGUAUUUGUUGUAUGUGUAAUAUUUGACUUAAGUGAAAUUUUUCAAUUCCAGAAUGCAGCAGGUUUUUCAGAAGUAGCAAAAAAUGUAAAUGCUCUGUGGAUGUGGGUUAAAGCUGCUUAGCACUGGCAAAAAUGUUCUGUGGGCAAGUGUGGCUUCAAGUAACUGAGCCCAUGGUAUCUAAAGUGUCCAUGCAGUAACAACAGCACAGUUCUUGUACUAUAUGCAUUGCUCUAUUCUUGUAUGACACAGUAAGCUUUAUAAAUGUUAUCUAUGUAUACAUGCAUGUAUCUAUCCUGUGUUGUAAAUAAUCAUACAUUGCUCCAUU